AUGCUGCUGCCCCUGAUACUGCUGUUGGCUAUGGAGUUUGAAGUAAUGCUCUUGUCUCUGACAGAGGUCAGCUCCAGAUGUGGAGAAGACGUGGUGCUGAUGUGUGAGGCCAACAUUGAUGUCAAUAAAUACCUUUCUAUCACAUGGUACAAGGGCAACAAAGAGGGCAUAAUCAGAAAAAACUUGCCUGACAAACUCAGUUGGUACGAUUUUGGUCGAAACGUGAGUCUCAAUAACGACAACAGUCUGCAGCUGGCCAAAGUGACUCCGGACGACUCCGGGAGGUACGAGUGCAUGGUCAGUGCUCGAGUGGGCUUUCAGAACCUCAAACUCCCGGUGCAGCUCACGGUGCAGGAUUGUGAGCCUGACGUGACCACAGAGGGACCUCAUGGACCAGAGGGACCACAGGCCCCUCACCUGCCCCUGGUCUGGAGCCUGGUAGGAUACGGUGCUGUGGCGUUCACCAAGAUCACCCUUUCCAUCAUGAUCAUCUGGAUAUUUCACAUCUGCUCGAGGAGGAAGAGAAGAUUGGGAAGAUAA